GUAAUUAAUAUUAAUUUUCGAAAUAAUUCGUUUUAAAAAGUAACCUAUAUAUGUCAUAUGCAUUAGCAGUGUGUACCACUUUCGUGGGUCCUCUCAAAUACGUACAGUACUGUACUGUUAGAUCAGAGGAAGAAUUUGUAUAUAUCAAAAAUACAAAGUAAAUCUGAAAAUAACUUCAAAAUAUAUCCAAUACAUUAAUUCUUUACGUAAUUUGGUGAAAAUAUUUGGAUAAUCAACGACAUAUUUCAUUUAUCACAACUCUCAAGUUUAAAGUAACAACCUAAAUAAAAUGGCUGGAAUUUGUCGAUUAAGUGCAUUAAAUACAUUAAGAAGAAGUGGUAUGAAUUUUUUAAAAUCACAAAAUAUGUUAUGUCGUUCGAUAGCUACGUCACCUAAAAAAAAUGAUAGUACUACAAGUUUAGUUGAAUCUACUACUGAAAAAAAGAAACCUUGGGUUAGCUAUGGUUUUGAUGAAGAAGAUGAAUUGGAUGAUAAACGUAAAAUGCACGAAUCAUUUUUCUUUGCUGUCACAAUAGGCAUGAUAUGUGUUUCAUAUGUACUUAUGUAUAAACCUGAUUUAAAAUCAAUGGGCUCUUGGGCACAACGUGAAGCAUAUUUACAAAUUCGGUAUAGAGAAGAACAUGGUCUUCCACUCAUCGAUAUGAAUGUAGUAGACCCUGCUAAAGUUAUUCUUCCUACUGAUGAAGAAUUAGGUGAUACCGAAAUAAUUAUUUAAAAAAUUAUACAAUACUACUUUGGACAAUACGUAUUAAUGUAGUUAUGUCAACUAAUGAACAUUGAUAAACCAUACUUUUGGUUGUAUUCAAUGAUGUUUAUGUAACAUGUUAUGUAUAUAAACUAUAAUAAAAAUAGUUUUCAUAAAUUAAAAAAUAUUAUAAGAUA